AUGGAGAAGUGGCCUGGGAUAUGGGGCUCGGAUGCUAUAGAAAAGAUGAGCAUGCUAGUGAACAGCGUUCUUAUCGCCACGAAGAGAGUGUCCAAAUCACGGAGUUGCUUUGGGUACCCCUUGAGCAUCUUCUUCAUCGUGAUCAAUGAAUUCUGUGAAAGGUUUUCUUACUAUGGAAUGAGAGCACUCCUGAUCCUGUACUUCCGACGGUUCAUUGGAUGGGAUGAUAAUCUGUCCACGGCCAUCUACCACACAUUUGUUGCUCUGUGCUACCUGACACCAAUUCUUGGAGCUCUUAUUGCCGACUCGUGGCUGGGAAAGUUCAAGACAAUUGUGUCGUUAUCUAUUGUUUACACAAUCGGACAAGCUGUCACUGCAGUGAGCUCCAUUCAUGACCUCACAGACGCAAACAAAGAUGGGACCCCGGACAACAUUUCUGUGCAUGUGGCUCUGUCCAUGAUUGGCCUGCUUCUGAUAGCUCUUGGGACAGGAGGAAUAAAGCCUUGUGUGUCUGCCUUUGGUGGAGAUCAAUUUGAAGAGGGCCAGGAGAAACAAAGAAACCGAUUCUUUUCCAUCUUUUAUCUGGCCAUCAAUGCUGGCAGUUUGCUUUCUACAAUCAUCACUCCCAUACUCAGAGUUCAACUAUGUGGAAUUCACACAAAACAACCUUGCUACCCACUGGCAUUUGGUGUUCCAGCUGCUCUCAUGGCUGUAUCUCUGAUUGUGUUUGUCAUCGGCAGUGGAAUGUACAAGAAGUUCAAGCCACAAGGCAACAUCAUGGCCAAAGUAGUCAAGUGCGUUGGUUUUGCCAUCAAAAAUAGGUUUAGGCAUCGGAGUAAGGAAUUUCCAAAGCGGGAACACUGGCUGGACUGGGCUAAAGAGAAAUAUGAUGAACGGCUCAUCGCUCAAAUUAAGAUGGUUACAAAGGUGAUGUUCCUGUAUAUUCCUCUCCCAAUGUUCUGGGCAUUGUUUGAUCAGCAGGGCUCACGGUGGACACUGCAGGCCACAGCUAUGAGUGGAAAAAUGGGAGCUAUUGAAAUUCAGCCAGAUCAGAUGCAGACCGUGAAUGCCAUCUUGAUCGUCAUCAUGGUCCCCAUUGUUGAUGCUGUCGUCUAUCCACUGAUUGCGAAAUGCGGUUUCAAUUUCAGCUCCCUGAAGAAGAUGACAGUUGGAAUGUUCCUGGCUUCCAUGGCCUUUGUGGUGGCUGCCAUUGUACAAGUGGAAAUUGAUAAAACUCUGCCAGUCUUCCCUAAAGGAAACGAAUUCCAACUGAAGGUACUGAACAUAGGGAAUAACCCCAUGAAUGUAUCAUUUUCUGGAGAAAUCACGACACUUAGCCCCAUGUCCCAGACAGAUGGAUUUAAGACGUUUGAUAUAAGCAAGCUACCAACUAUCAGCAUUUCUUCUGCUGGCUCACCAGAGACUUCAGUCGCUUACAACUUUGAGAAGGGCCAUCGUCACACCCUGCUCGUGUGGGGCUCCAACGAGUACCACGUGGGAAAGGACGGCCUUAAUCAGAAGCCAGAAAAAGGAGAAAAUGGAAUCAGAUUUGUCAAUAUAUACAGUGAGAACAUCGCCAUAGAUAUGGACGGGAAAGUUUAUGAAAAUCUCAUGAGUCACCGUGUCAGCGAAUAUCAGUUUUUCCCUUCUGGCAUAAAAAGCAUCAAAAUAAACUCAACAGUGAUUCCACCAGCAUGUGACAGUGAAUUACAGUCAUCCAACCUUGGAUUUGGUAGUGCAUACACCUACGUAAUCGUUAGACAGACGGAUGGCUGCCCCCACAAGGAGGAGUUUUUAGAUAUUUCACCCAAUACAGUUAGCAUGGCACUGCAGAUUCCCCAGUACUUCCUUCUCACAUGUGGGGAAGUGGUCUUCUCUGUCACUGGACUGGAGUUCUCCUACUCUCAGGCUCCAUCCAAUAUGAAGUCAGUGCUUCAGGCAGGAUGGCUGUUGACUGUGGCUGUUGGCAACAUCAUCGUGCUGAUUGUGGCUGGGGCAGGCCAGUUCAGCGAGCAGUGGGCUGAGUACAUUCUGUUUGCCGCUUUGCUGCUGGUUGUCUGCGUAAUAUUUGCCAUCAUGGCUCGAUUCUACACAUACGUCAACCCAGCCACGAUUGAAGCUCAGUUUGACGAGGAGGAAAGGAAAAAGUACCUUGACAAGAAUACCCUGUUUGGCUCAUUGGAGCCCACCACACAGACACAGAUGUGA